GUUCUCGUGAUAGAAAUUUGUAAAUUGCAGAAUCCAGUGUUAUGGGGUAAACGCAAGUAUCAGGAUAUUCAAUUCUACACGGAAGUGGGUGAGAUAACAACGGAUUUGGGUAAAUACCAUCAUAUGCAGGAUCGUGACGACAUACAAAGCGAACAAAUGGAACGUGAAAUGCGGAAGAAAUUGAACCAAGUGUUUCAGAACUUUUGCGAUAAGGUUGUUCGUCAAACGAAUGAAGCGUUCGAUUUCGACUCGCCCUUCAACGAGCUCGGCUUCUACGGUGUGCCGCAUCGUUCAUCGUGUACCCUGAAACCGACCUCGGCGUGUCUGGUGAAUCUCACCGAAUGGGUCAGUUAA